CCCACUCGGCCAGCACGCCGCCGUCCACCAAAUUAGCAACUUUGCGCCUCUCCGCCGGCUGCAAACGCUGUCGUCGCCUCGCCUCCCCCUGCCGCUCCCCACGCCUCACGCGGAGAUACGGCCGCAUCUGGGCGCAUCUCGUUGCGCUGACGCUCCGGCGCCGCCGCCCCAGCCUGCCGCAAGUCGCCGGCCCCGUCAGGCUCCGCGUCCGGCCUCCGGCAUGUUCGCGCCUACGGUUGCUGGGAAUCCGUACGCCUAGCAGCGAAUUGAUAAGUCCCUCCCACCUUUUGUUUGCUCUCUACAAAUUCCGUAGGAAUCCAAAAUUGGUUGAAAUCUUGCGACUAGUUAGCAUCUGCAAUCUGUCCGUCUCCACCUUUUUUUUAGUGGGCAUGAUUGCAGCGCAAGAUCACUAAGAAACGACAAAGCUGAAUACUUCGUUUGGAGCAUAUAGCAUAUUAUAGCAGCAACUUGUAUCAGAGCAUAUUAUAUCAGCAUUCAGCCACUAGUAUCUGCUGUUAGUACUUCAAUUGGAGCAUAUCAAAUUAAAUAGUUCGUUUGCCUGCAGAAUUAACUAGUUGAUCUGGAUCAAGACGACGACUUAUUCUCAUCGCAGGGUGGGGGUGAAGACGACUUGGGCAGCCAUCAUACACUAAGCAUCCAACUUGUGCAGGAAGUGGAGAGCUUGCACCCAGUGGUGGUGAACUAGUGAUCUUGUUGAGGAACCUCCUAGUUUUGCUCUCCGAGGCAAAAUUCAGUGGCAGUGGAAGAUCUGGCGAGCAAGGAAGAUUCAGCAACGAUUGUGGCGGUGAUGGCCUCCAGCAUCCAUGAAUCCACUGCAGAACCCCUCCUGGUAAUCAUGAACCCCCUGCUCCUAUCAUCAGCAUGCUCUGGCUCUUGGCAGGACUUGGAGUUUCUGCUCAACAGGGGAAUCGAUCAAGUGCAACCUUCCAUUAUGCCUAGUCAAGCAUUUCUUGACCUGCUUAUGGCCUACGGCUCCGACAGCUGCAUCAACAAAAGCGCGUCAACGCAGCGAGUUUCCGAUGAUAUCGAAGCAUUUCUUAACCUGCCUUCAACUGUGCCGUCACUCCUGGAUGGAGUCACCACUGAAGGGGGCACCGUACUCCAUGUGGUGGCCACAUAUGGCGACAGUGAUGGCUUCUUGAGGAGUGUGGACACCAUCCAUAGCAAGGCAAAACACCUUCUGUUUGCGCAAAACAAUAACGGCGACACGCCCCUGCACUGUGCUGCACGAGCUGGGAUGUUCCGGAUGGUCUCUCAUCUCAUUAGUUUGGCCAGAGAUGAGAGUACGAGUGUUAACAGAGUGAAGGAAUUCGUGGAAAUGGAGAACAAGCUUAAGGAGACAGCAUUGCAUCAGGCAGUCCAUAUUGGGGAUAAUGACAUAGUCAAGCUGCUAAUGGAGGAAAAUUCAGAGUUGGCCAGUAUUCCGAAAGACGGCACUUCACCUCUGUACCUGGCUAUCUUGCUGGAAGAGGACAUCAUUGCUGAGACACUUUAUAGUGCAAGUAACAUGUAGCUUUCCUACUCCGGGCCUAAUGGACAGAAUGCGUUGCAUGCCGCGGUUCUUCGAGGCACAGAGCUUACUAAAAAGGUCUUGGAAUGGAACAGUGAUCUCACUACACAAACAGAUGAAAGCGGGAGUACACCUCUCCAUUUUGCUGCAGCUCUGUUAGGGCAAAGUCUCCAAGGAAGUGUAUGCUGCCAAGUAUUGGAAGCUAACUCAGCUGCAUUGUAUCAAUCAGACCACAAUGGAUUAUUUCCAAUACACGUUGCUGCCUCUGUUGGUGAAAGAGGGACAAUCAUCAUGUUUCUUAACAAGUCCCCAACCAGCGCCGGUUUGCGCGACAGCAUGGGAAGGACAUUCCUUCAUGUAGCUGCUGAGAAAAAGAAAGUCAGGAUAGUCAGUUUUGUUUGCAGAAAUCGAUCGCUCUCAUCGAUUCUGAAUAUGCAGGAUAAUGAUGGAAACACUGCACUACACCUAGCUAUCCAGACAGGGAGUCUUCCAAUGUUUUGUGCUUUGUUAGGUAAUCGGCAAAUACGUUUAAACUUACCAAAUAAGAAACGGCAAACUGCUCUAGAUAUGUCACAGUAUAAGAUCCCCUCAGGAUUUUUUGAUGAUCAGAACAGUGAAGCCAGGAUACACUUUGCACUUAAAGUCGUUAGUGCUAGGAGUGGUGGCUGUCGCCAGGAUCACUUUGAAGAAAACUACAAUGACCAGCUAAAACAUUAUGAAAAAGAAGAAUUAGCAAAGGUGAAAGAUUCAACACAAACAUUGUGUAUUGCUGUAGUGCUAAUUGCAACUAUGACGUUUGGUGCUACUUUUGCCCUUCCUGGAGGUUACAGAGCCGAUGAGCAUACCAAUGGAGGCACGCCUACACUUUCUGGGAGUUAUGCUUUUGAUGCAUUCAUAAUAGCGAGCACACUCUCUUUCAUCUUGUCUGCGAUGGCUAUAGUAGGUCUCAUAUAUUCUGGAUACUACUCACACAGUCGCAAAAUUUUCUUACUCGUAGCCUUGUAUUUUGGAGCAACAUCAGUCACAUGUUUCACAGCAGCUUUUGCACUAGGCUUAUACAUGGUGCUAGCGCCAGUUGCUCAUAAGUGUGCUGUCACUAUCUGUGUCAUUAUCCCCUUUGUUGUUCUAUGCAACAAAAUUGAAUUUUUGGUAAAGUGGGUUCUUCUGGCCCAUCAUUAUGUACUCGAAUUGGGCUAAUUCGCACAUUGGUAAUAUUAGCAACAAAAAUCCUUUGCAACCUGCUGAUGGAAUUUUGGCCCAUCAUAUCCAUAUUUGUUUGGGCCACAUAUAUAAGGAACUAGGCUUAUAAAUGGAACUGCUGAUACAAACUAUUAGCACCCAUGACUACUUGAAGAUGCAUCAAAUGGAGAAUUUUUCGGUCAAGGUGUUUUCGCCUGACCGUUGGGUAUUUAGGAUUUACUGUGCUUUUCUUAUAAGAAUAUUUAAUUAUUUUUAAGUGUUGUGUCCUGAUGUACCUUUAUGUUCAAGAGUUUGUGCUCAUCAUCAUGUAAACACUGAUUUCCAGUGCUAUAUACAACUUCUUUGAAAUGUGCAAUUGGUUUUGAUUUUC